UGCUUCUCUGUAUGCCUCCAACAUUGGCCCCGCCCACUUCAUGGGCCUGGCGGGCACGGGAGCGGCCUCGGGGAUCGCUGUGGGGGCCUUCGAGUGGAAUUCUCCAUUUCUGAUCUUUGCUCUUGGUUGGAUAUUUUCUCCUAUCUACAUUAAGGCUGGGGUGGUGACGAUGCCAGAAUAUUUGAGGAAGAGGUUUGGUGGCUACCGGAUCCAGUUCCUCCUCGCUAUUCUGUACUUAUUCCUCUAUCUCUUCCAAAAGAUCUCAGUGGAGAUCUGCACGGGCGCCAUGUUCAUGGGGCUGGUCCUGGGGAUGGAUGUGUACCAGGCCACCAUGGUCCUGCUGACCGUCACCGGCGUCUACAUGAUCUCGGGUGGCUUUAUCACGGUGGUGUACACCGACACCCUGCACGCCAGCAUCAUCGUCCUGGGCUCCCUCUUGGUGAUGGGCUUCGCCUUCAAUGAAGUGGGAGGGUACGAUGAGCUCCUGCAUAAGUAUCCCAACGCGAAGCCCAGCAUAAUCCAAGACGGGAACUGGACUGCCGCCCCGGAAUGCUACGUCCCUCGCGCCGAUUCGUUCCACAUCUUCCGGAACGCCAUCACGGGGGACCUGCCCUGGCCGGGCGUCGUCUUCGGCAUCCCCAUCAUCAAUAUGUACUACUGGUGCAGCGACCAGAUCUUUGUCCAGAGGUGCCUGGCGGGGAAGAACAUAUUUCAUGUGAAGGGCGGCUGUGUCCUUUGCGGGUACCUGAAGCUGCUGCCCAUGUUCACUGUUGUGAUGCCGGGCAUGAUCAGCCGCAUCCUGUACACAGACAAAGUGGCCUGCGUCACACCUUCCGAAUGCGAGAAGCACUGCGGCGCCAAGACCUCCUGCAGCCCCAUCGCCUACGCGCUGCUCAUCGUAGGGCUGAUGCCCAAAGGUGCCCGAGGCCUGAUGCUGUCCGCGCUGUGGGCGUCGCUCAUGUCCACCCUGACUUCCGUGUUCAACAGCGCCAGCACCCUCUUCACCGUGGACAUCUACACCCAGAUCCGGCCCACGGCCACCGAGAGGGAGCUCAUGGUGACAGCCAGGUUUUUUGUUAUCAUCUUACUUAUUGUCACCAUCAUCUGGGUCCCUAUAAUUCAAGCGAUAAACAGUGAACAGCUGUUUGACUACAUGCAUGCGGUUAAGAGUUACCUGGUGCCCCCCAUCACUGCCAUCUUCCUGCUCGCCAUAUUUUGCAAGAGAGUCACUGAGCAGGGGGCUUUCUGGGGGCUGAUCGGCGGACUCGUGAUCGGCUUCAUCCGCAUGGUGUCUGAGUUUGCCUACGGACGCCAGACCUGCUCGGCAAACAGCAAGUGCCCUCCGAUCAUCUGCGGCGUGCACUACCUCUACUUCGCCAUAUUCCUCUUCAUCGUCAGUCUCCUCACCAUCAUGGGCAUCUCCUUGCUCACGGACCCGAUUCCGGACAAGCACCUGCACCGGCUCUGUUGGAGUUUACGCAACAGCCAGGAGGAAAGGGUGGACCUGGAUGCAGAGAUGCAAGUGAGGAGAACUGCACUGCAGAUGAAACCCGCGGUAAGAAAGAGGACCGAGGGCUGCUUCUGGAAUGCCUUGGACAUAUACUGUGGCCUGGAGCCGAGGCAAAGCGCCAAGCUGGCCCCAGAAGAGGAGACCGAGGCGACGACGACGACGACGGAGGAGCACGGGGCCACGUCCGAGGAGCCCGAGCAGAGCGACUCACCGGAAGGGACUAAGCCCCCGGAGGCGCUGGAGGCGCCAUUCUGGGGGAAAGUUGCCGACAGCAGCGGGCUCUUCUUGCUCCUGAUCACAGCCAUGUUCCACAUGCUCUACCACUGACGUGGCCCGCACGGAGGGAGAGGCCCGCGGGGGUGGGCCCCGGGUCACUAAUGAAAAUGCCCCAGGCGCCAGCAGGUGCCACCAGCGCAGGCUGCGUCCUCAGGGACAGCAGAGUCCACCAGGCGCAGGGCCACGCGGCGAGAGCGUCUGCCUCGUGACGCCAGGACUCACUCCUCCAAAUGGCUCUCCCGAUAAACACUGACUUUCACUUCGA